AUGGACCACCUAGAGACGAGUACCCAAGACUGUUUCAUUGAUGUAAUACCGGGUUUGCUCAAGUGGGCCAGGAUUUCAGUGGAGGAGGAUUGUGAACAAGUCAAAGAUACCAGUUUCCGCAUCCUCGAUUACUGUUCUAUUAAGGCGGUGAAAGGCAUGGACAAAUAUCUCAAAGAUCUAAUGGACCUCAUGUUUCUGAGUGAAGAAUAUCAAUAUCUGUCUCCAUUGAUAAUGAAGCUGUACCCAGACAACCCAAAUGAUGUCCAUGCAAGUCUCCCGAAUCUGUUUGACAAGUACCCGAUGCUUAAGGACAACGACCAAAUGAUGGUUAUGGACCUGUUGGUGACUGUUUCGACCACGCAUCCAGAUGCAUUUACAGAUCAGCAGAUAAAGAGUUUGGUUGAUUGGCACCUUGAUGCUUCUGAGGAGUCGGACAGAUAUCUACUAAUGAUAUUUCGUAAUAUAUCAAUGAAACGACCCAGAAAAUUGGUUCCCCACUUAAGGUCAUUUUUAAAACCACAAAAAAGGGGCCAUGUAAGACACUGGUUUCUCAAUGAGAAACUGUACAUCAUUGGAAAUGUCGGCGUUUGUGACAAGACUCUUGCAGAAGAAUCAAUGGACUUUAUGGUUUCCAGUUUCGGAUUUCACGACCCGGGUAUUGUAGAGGUCAUAACUUCAAUGAUUGCGACGCUUAUGAAAGCCAGCAAGCAAUAUAUGCACAAGUAUAGGAAACACGUUGAAAAGCUCGAGAAAAAUGGAACAACACCCUAUAUUAAAAAUGGAGCCAGGCACAUACUCAACAUACUGGACGGCAAAGUAAUUGAAGAGGUGUUUGAUGACGUCCAAGAAACCAAGGAAACGGUUAACGUGAUUGACAAGAAAGUUAAUGCUACAAUAGGUACAGUUAUAACAAUCGGCGAAAAAGUCGUUGAACACGAUAAAGAUAUAUCCAAACUGCAAACAGAAGUUGAUACUCUGGAUGAAAGAGUUGACGAUGUGGAGGAUGACCUUGGUGAGACAAAAGUAAAGGUCGAAGCAAUCGAUAAUAAGACUAUGACAAAUGCACCUAAGUGGUCACGAGACCUGACAAAGCUAAUGAACCCGACUAGUAGCGCAGAUUGGCGUUUACUUGCGCAGAGACUGCAGUACAACAAUGAUGAUAUCAGGGGCUGGGCGCAACAGAAUGAUCCGUGUAUGGCCGUCCUCAGCGAAUGGUAUGCAACUCAUAAAACAAGCGAAGCAACCAAGGCAAUUCUAAAGAUUCUGGAGGACAUGAACAGAAUGGACGCUGUUGUUAUUGUGGAGAAUGCAAUGAAAGGAAGUGAGGGUGUUGUGGAAGACGAAGAAUUUGAAUAUGCCAGUCCGCCGCCAAUAUUCCUGAGCUAUCAGUGGGGGAUGCAAGAAGAGGUUAAACUACUAAAACAACAUUUAUUGAUGGCUGGUUUUGAAUGUUGGAUGGACAUUGGUCAAAUGGGAGGAGGGGACAAAUUGUUUAACAAAAUCGAUGACGGAAUCAGAGCAGCCAAAGUGGUCAUAUCGUGCACGACAGAAAAAUAUGCACAAUCGCCGAACUGCAACAGGGAGGUAAACUUGGCCGUAAACCUUGGUAAAUCAAUAAUUCCUCUCUUGAUGGAAAAGAUGGACUGGCCCCCUAAAGGAUCAAUGGGGCCAAUCUUCAGUGAAUACCUGUUCAUCAGGUUCUUCCAAAGAAAUGGAGAGGAGACCAAAGAGUCGGAUCAAAGAUACUGGCCGUUGUCGAAGUUCAAUGAGCUUUUGAUGCAGAUUCAUCUGCACAUUGUACCAGAUGAAAGAAUUGUUACAAUAGAGUACAAAAACUGGUGGAAUCCAAUAAUGCAGGCGGUAGUUAUUGAUAAAAACAAAGGAAAAGGAAAACCAACUCAAGCAAAGUCUAGUGCAGAAACCAAAACAAAAGAUGCUUCAGACAAAUCGCCGUUAGUAUUCCUGUCCUACCAAUGGGAUCGACAGCCCCAGGUGUUGUUGCUGUAUCAACGUUUGAGGUCACUCGGAUACUCAGUAUGGAUGGAUAUUCACCAGAUGGGAGGCGGCGACUCACUCUAUGACAAAAUAGACAGAGGUCUGAGAGGAUGUAAGGUAAUCGUGUCCUGUGUAACGCCGAAGUAUUCACUGUCAGCCAACUGUAGGAGUGAGGUAAGCCUUGCAGACGCUCUCAAGAAGCCAAUCAUUCCAUUGCUGCUGGAGGAAAUGAAAUGGCCUCCGGGUGGUCCAAUGAGCAUGGUUUUCACGGAACUGCUUUUUAUCAACAUGUAUAAAGAUCCGAAUACACAGAAAACUUGGUCUGGUCCAAAAUUUGACGAACUUAUACAAAAACUUCAAGAACACAUUCCAAGCCUAACGGCAGUCGUAAGCGUCACUACAGCAGAUACAAAACCUUCAAACGGAAAUGCACCAAACAAAACAGAUCCGAAGGCAACCCAAGCGAAUGCUCAACCGGACAAGGCAAAGCCAACUCAAAAAGGUUCGCAUUCAGAUUCUAAAAGCGGACAGUCAAAAGGCUUUACAAACAAGUGGGAAGACAAACUCGCAUCGCCUAAACCAACAGAGAGUAGUCUAAAGGCAAACCCAACCAAACCGUUAUCUGAAAAGUCACGAGAGAAGACAGACCAAUCGAACGACGGUUCCACAGGCAAUUCUAAAUCACUGGAGGCACCGCAUAAAGAAACAGAGACUAAACUAAAGGUAAAUCCAACUGAAUCGUCGCCUGAAAAGUCAAAAGAUACGAGCCAAUCGAAAGACAGUUCCACAGGCAAAGCUAAAUCACUUGAGGCAUCGCUUAAAGCAACAGAGAAUAAGCCAAAGGCAAAUCAAACCAAUUCGUCGCCUAUAAUGUCGAAGGAGACUAGCCAAUCGAAAAGUAGUUCACCAGGCAAAUCUACAUCACUUGAGAAAUUGCCUAAAACAACAGAGAAUACACCAAAUGCGAAUCCAACCAAUCCAUCGUCUGAAAUGUCACAAGAGACAGGCCGAUCUAAAUCAUGUGUGUUGCUUUAGAAAACGAUAUAAUGACAUUCUCCGCAGCAAUGUAAUUUCAUUUAGAUUGAUACAGCUUCGUUUGAUUUUGAAAUGGUAUGAAGCAACGCACUGGAAGAAAGACUUUAAAAAACAUGUUAAACAUGCUUUCUCUUAAUUUUUUACUUGUAUAUGAAUUAUUCUUAUGUAUAUAUUUCCCUGUCAUCUAAUUUAUUUUACAUAUAUGUUUCGGAUAGAAACAAUAUAAGUUAUUAAAACACGAUAUCGAUGCUGGGAUCUAGUCUGGACAGACUAACAUUUUCAAACUAUAAAUUGGCCCAGUCAAGCUCCAAUCCAUCACUAUGUCCGAUAGUGAUCGCUUAGGAUGAGGAUAAGGAAUCUUACUUUAUUUCGUAGGCUUGUUUACAAAGGUCGUACUUUCAAAAAGGGACAAGUUCCUUUGAGGAAAGGAACCCUACUAGCCUAGCUAUCGUUCCAAUCCUAUAAACUUUAAAUGCGUGUAAAACACAUUGUUGAAUAAAUAUGUUUAAACCAACAAGGAACAAGCUGAAGAUAAGCCAUUUGGAAAUUCGACGAUUCAUAAUUUUGUUCACUUAAAUCUUGAUGUUUGCAGUUAAAGAUUGGUAAAUUUGUAAAUGAUAUCAAAUAAUUUGUUGCGUGUGCUUGUUUAUUCUGAUUGAUUUAUACGUACUUGAGUGUGCGUGUGUUUGUGCUUACGUCAAUAAAACUUAUCCAUUUAGUUGAGCUCAUGUCUGCUGUAAUAAAUGGUUUAUAAUUCGUAUUUGAGCUGAAAGAUAAACUAUCUUAUUCGAGCCUUUAUUUUAUAGAGUUGUGAU